CGGCCGGCGAGCACCUGGUACCGCGUGCGGGCGCGAGGCGGCACGGGGCCAUGGGGGACCGCUCGCAGGGCAAGAAGACGUCGCAGUGCGCGGGCUGCGGCGGCGCCAUCCACGACCAGUACAUCCUGCGCGUGUCACCCGACCUCGAGUGGCACGCCGCCUGCCUGCGCUGCGCAGAGUGCAACCAGUUCCUCGAUGAGACGUGCACGUGCUUCGUGCGUGAUAGCAAGACGUACUGCAAGAGCGACUACGUCAGGCUGUUCGGGACCAAGUGCGAAAAGUGCGGCGACGGCUUCCGGAAAACGGACUUUGUGAUGCGCGCCAAGGACAAAAUAUACCACAUAGACUGUUUUCGUUGCGCUCUGUGCGACCGCCAGCUCGUUCCCGGCGACGAGUUCGCGCUAACGGACGAGGGACUCUUCUGCAAGGACGACCACCAGUUGGAGAAACUGUGCGAGAACAACAACAAUAACACCAAGUUGUCUGCGCUGGAGCCCAAACAAGAGGCGACCACGCCGAAGUCGUCAGAUUAG